AUGGUCAGAGCAGCACAGGACUCGCUUGCAGAGACCAACGCUCCGGGAACAAUUCACUUGGCGAAUCGCCCAGCGCAGCCGCCUGCAGGAGCCCAGGCUGAGCACAACCAGCCAGGACCGCGUUCUCAGCCAGCUGAGGCCGCGCCGCUGGCACAGACGCUGCCGCCCUGUUUGUGGUCAUCAGGCAACCGCGGCACCCGCCAGCUGCUGCCCUUUCCCGGAUCCUGCCCCUCCCUCCCCCCCAAGAUGCUGCCGGGGCUCGGGGGCUUCGUCUGCCUGGGCUGGGGCUCGGCCUGCUCUGUGGGAGAAGAACCUCCCAAACCCUCCCAGGAUAUCAAAAUUCCCACAGGACGUCCCAACACCCCUCCAGACCCCCACGAGAAGGUUCAUACCUAUGAGAAGGUUCAUCCCCAUCUCUGUUGCCGGCAGAUUAACUAUUUCCUAUUUCUUUAUUAUUAUUAUUUAUUAUGUAUUAUAACAGGCGGAUUCCUCAGCGCUCCCAGAACUCCCGUCCUCGGGAUCAUCGGGGACAAGGUGGUCCUACCCUGCCAGGUGGGAUCCACACCCAUUCCCGAGGAUUUCUCCAUCCGGUGGACGUUCCACCUUGGCCAAUCCCGGCGGAUCCCCGUGGGCAGCUCCGACGGGAAGGGCCGGAGGGAGGAGCCGGAUCAGCGCUACCGGGGCCGGGCAGAACUUUUCCAUGGGGAAUUCCGAGCUGGGAACGCGUCCCUGCUCCUGAGGGACGUCCGGAGCUCUGACCAGGGCUCCUACAGCUGCCAGGUCUCCUUCCAGGAUGAAUCCCGGGAAGUGCUGGUGGAGCUGGAAGUGGCAGCUGUGGGAUCAGCCCCGUCCGUGACCCUGCGUGGCCGCCAGGGCGAGGCCCUGGCCCUGUCCUGCCUCUCCUCGGGUUGGUUCCCGCUCCCGGAGCUGCUCUGGCUGGACGGACUCGGCCGCUCCCGCCCGGAGCCGGCGGCCACCGCGGCCACCGUGGGCCCCGGGGGGCUCUUCAGCGUCCGGGGCUCGGUGCGGAUCCGGCCGGGCUCGGGGCUGGAGAUCUCCUGCCGGGUCCUCAACCGCCGCCUCGGGGCCGCCCGCGCCUCCCGGCUCCGCAUCCACGGUGCGGAAAAGUCCGGGAAUUCCCGGCUUGGCUUCGGGGAUUUCUGGGGCUCAAGGCUCCAGUUUGAUGCAAAUCUUAUUUACGAUAGAUUGAUUGAUGAUUUUGACAUGGCAGCUCCAGUUUGA